CAAGCUUUCGAUGGUACACCCUAGUGGGCCAUAUCCACCAUCAUUGGCCCACCUGAUGAUGUACAACCAAGAGCACUACCCCCCGGGGACACCUCCCCCACCCCAUUUGGCAGGAACGAUAGAGGUUGAUGCGAAAACAGGUAUUCUCAAUGGGCAGCCAUCAAGCCACACUUACCUGCCCAGCCAUUGGCCAGAAAAUCCCAUAUCAUCCUGUUCCAGCCAAUCACGCUUGUUGUCUUAUACAAAUGCAGGUAUUCCAAGACCGAGACAUUCAUCUGAACUUCCGUUAUACCAUCCUCUGUCCCCGGGGUCUUUAGGCAGCGUCCCGCAUCACUUAGAAGUUUAUAAUAUGCCUUGGCAAGGCCAACCAUUCUACCCACUCACAAGUGCUCUCAGGUCUCCCUAUCCAGCUCUCAUAAAUGCAUCCGGGAUGUCCCGCCUCGGUCACCCUGGCCUUCCCCCUCACCAUCAUGGAAUGGCCGUCACCGGUAUUCCGCACCCAGCGAUUGUCACAUCAGGAACGAGGCAACAAGACACACUACAACAGAGUAACGACAGACAACCCCCGCCCAAAGAGGAGAAAACCAAAACGCAACAGAAGAGGCAUCCGCACAUAAAGAAGCCAUUGAACGCCUUCAUGCUAUACAUGAAAGAGAAGAGGGCCAGCGUCGUAAAGGAGUGUACGCUGAAAGAAAGUGCUGCAAUCAACCAGAUCCUGGGAAGGAGGUGGCAUGCAUUAUCGAGAGAAGAACAAGCUAAGUACUAUGAACUCGCACGCAAGGAGAGACAGUUACACAUGCAGCUGUACCCUAGCUGGACCGCAAGAGAUAACUACGCAGUACACGGAAAGAAGAAGAAGAAGAAGAAAGAUAAAAACCCCGGUGACAACUCAGAACCAUCUACGCCAAAGAAAUGUCGAGCCCGUUUCGGUGUGGAUCAACAAGAGUUCUGGUGCAAGCCCUGCAG